GCUCACACGUACAGCAAAAGUGCGACAUUGCGGUCACAGCGAUUGGGAGUUCCGUUCAGCAUCACGAUCCAUUCAUCCACCUAGUGUCCUCUAGUUGUUUUUCCGCAAUAAAUGGUACAACAAUGGUGGACACUUUGUACAGGUGUCAUAAUCAUUAGCUUCCCGUUUUCCCGCAAGUGUAGCAACGCAAGGUAACGCACAGGACGUUCAGGAAAAGUGUCGUUUUUUUGUUGGCGUUGGUUCGUUCACAAAAUACCGUGGGACAACUCCUUUUGUAAGAGUGGGUGGGCGCGCGCGCGUUCAUAUCCCUGUGUGUUGUGUGUUUGCUGGUGUGCUCGUGCGUGUGUGCGUGUGUGUGUGUCCGGAAGACAUCAAACUUCUGGUUCGGAUUUUAAGCAAAUUGUGUAAUCUUUCGUGCAGUGUGGUGACGACGUUGUAGAGUGGAGUUUCCUGUUUAAAACCUGUCCCAAAUCGGCAAAACGGUGGAGUCCGGAAUCAUCAACAAGAUGGGCGACCAUGGCCCGGACAUGAACACGCUGGAGACUGAUUAUGUUGUGCUCAUUUCAGUUGUACCGGCAGUGUUAGGGCUGACGGCAGCCGCCAUAUUGGCCGUAACAGCAUGCUUCUGUGCCCGUCGUUUCCGGCGACAGAACAAGAAGGCGGGCCAUGAAGCUUCUUCGCUACCGUUUCAGCCUCCUCGGCCACCGAAAGCGGUCCGUUCACCGAGCGGUCAACCGCCUCAGUAUCUGAAGAAGUCGCCGUCGCCGACAAGCAUCAAGCCACUUCCGGGACAUCUGCCGGCACAGUCGCCAACGGAGCAGACGACGGUUGCGGCAACGGCAACCACCACAACCACCACUACAAGCAUUGUACCGCCGACCAAGUACACCGAGGAGAACGAACUGAUCCCGAAGAAUGCGCAACUGGAACCGAAGUCCCCGGACGUGUCGGAGUUGGGCGAUCCGAUUAGCGAGAAUGGGGAUGGCAUUGAGCACGGCAAGCUCGGCACAAUUGUGUUCAAGCUACGUUUUCUGGCCGAUCGGAGUGCGCUUGUGGUGUCGGUGGUACGUUGUCGUGGACUGCCGGGCAAGAACCAUGGAACGGCGGUCGCCGAGCUAAGUACGAUGGCAGGCGGUACACUGUGCAAUGGAAGCGCCAACGGAAAACAAUCGGCCACCGAUCCGUACGUGAAGUUGCAACUGUUGCCCGACAAGCAGCAUAAGGUGAAAACUAGAGUUCUACGCAAUACUCGCAACCCGGUGUAUGAUGAGGACUUUACCUUCUACGGAUUAACGCUAAACGAGCUGGCCGGCAUGUCGUUGCAUUUCGUGGUAUUAAGCUUCGAUCGGUACAGCCGGGACGAUGUGAUCGGGGAGGUUGUGUGCCCGCUCAGUGGCAUCGAUCUGCAGCAGAUCGAGAACCAACAGGUGGCACUGAGUCGCGAGAUCCAACCGCGUAGCCUGAAGAUACGUGCGCAGGGCCGUGGUGAGCUGCUAAUUUCCCUUUGCUGGCAACCGGCCGCCGCUCGGUUGACUGUGGUAUUGCUGAAGGCACGCAAUCUACCGCGCAUGGAUGUGACCGGAUUGGCGGAUCCGUACGUGAAGAUCUACCUGCUGUACAAUGGGCAGCGUAUCGCUAAGAAGAAGACGCACGUCAAGAAGCGCACCCUGAGCCCGGUAUUUAAUGAAAGCUUCGCGUUUGAUAUUCCGACUACCGAGGGUGCCGGUGCCACGCUGGACGGUGUAUCGCUUGAGCUGAUGCUGCUCGACUGGGACCGGGUGACGAAGAAUGAGGUGAUUGGACGUCUGGAACUGGGUGGCCCUCGUAGCAAUGGAUCGGCUCUUAACCACUGGAAGGAGGUGUGCAAUUCGCCACGCCGUCAAAUUGCCGAUUGGCAUAAGCUGCGAGAGUAAGCGGAUUCGUCAGCAGUUGCGGUUUUUGUUUCGUUGAUGCUCUUCAUUCGAUGCAGCAUGUUUCACACCUUUUAUAUGUUAACCACCAAAAUGACUAAAUGUCCCCCUUAUGAACUGAACAAAAGAGCAAGAUAGACAAUUGUAGUAGCAUAUACACAUACAUUCACUAUAAAACCAACAUGAAGCAAAUCAAAACUCAUACCGAGCACCUUUUGAAUCAAGAUCACGUCAAAUUAAACAAAUACCACCCAGUCCCGGGUCACAUCUAUUCUCCGGGGCUACUUUCGGUUUUGAUCACAUAAAGGGAAAUCUUGUCCAUCCGGACACUUUACCAUUUGGUAAUGAAGAAUCUGUGCAGUAUUUAGUAGCUCCUAGCUUUCGAUUGUCUAACGUGUAGAAAAUUUGCUUGUUUGCGUUACUCCACCCUACAUCAACUUUUGAACAUCGAAGAAUAAUUCGCGCCACCUGUUUGCUGCACAAACACCUCAAAUAUAUUUAAAACCAAAAAAUCGAGAAAACAUCACCCUACCCAUCAUUAGUUCUCACUAGUAGAAAGGAGCUUAAGAAUAAAAUUGACACAAAGAGUUCUAUAUAUAUAUAUUAUAUACAAAACACUACAAAGAUCCUUAAAGAUGCACAGCUCACAUAGAGAAGGAUAUCUAUUCUGAUUGCUACGUACAGCGGCGAAGGAUCUCUUUGGAAGACUUUUGGAAUCGAGUUGCAUUUCCCAAGCUUUUGAAACGAUUUCCCAAAACGGCCCCCUGGGGCAGACAUUAGAUUGAGAGUAAAUGAUACAAUAAUCAUGCACACAGCGGCGGCGGCAUAGAGCGCCUGAACGCACCCCACACACGCGAUACUAUUACCCAGUGCUGAUGCCACUCCAUAGCCUAAUGAUGUGCGCUUCUGUAGGCUUGUAUGACAAACAGUUGGACGUACACAAAUCUCAAAAAGGAUUGUCGGGAAUCGAACGACGAUAAGAUCAUGCCCGUAGCCAAAGGUUAGUGCGCUCUGACGAAUCGCUCCGCAAAAAGGGGAAUUAGUAAGCGCGAAUACUAACACUUGGGUACACCACCAUAUUUACUCUACCUAGUCGUAGAUGCAAAAGAUGCAAACUGAAUGCGAAUAUUUAAAACAAAAAACAGCCUCUUAUAAACUGCAACUAUGCGGUGGCUAUGGUCAAUAUGUAGGAGUAGUAUUGCUGUCCCUUUGAAUGCCUAGAUACGGAUGCGAACGCGAUUGGUUCUUUAUGAAAGAACCCAAGGAGGACACCAUUAGUGUAGGGAAAUGGGUAUGGGAAGAAUGGUAUGAAUGUACGUACGAGAAUAUUGCAAGGGUAUAAACCCUGAGGAAAGAUGGUCUAAUUUAGUGUAGAUGUUAGUAAAGACAGGGAAAUGGAAAGGAUUCAGUUGAUCGAUACUAGUGUGGUUGUGUUCGUUAUACUUUCGCUUUGGUGUUUUUUGUUAAGUUGAUAGUACAUUUUCGUUAGUUACCAACAACAAACAGUAAAUGUGCUUUUGCAGCUUCAGUUUCUACCCAAAAAGCGGUACGCAAUAGUAUCGUUGUACAUAUAGUUCUGCGUUCGCGUAAGCGAUAUGGUCCCAAGAAAAAGUUCUUUUUAAGCAUAGUAUUAUACAUUCCGUUUUAAAACUAUACCACAUACGGAUACAAUUCUUAGUAAGCGCAAAUCAAACAACGUAGAAUAAUGCUGUGAAUACGUAGUGUGUUACCAAUUACUUUGGGAAUGUAGCAUUUCUAACUGAUGAGUUGCUGGAUCAUGUUUGAAGCAGACAGAGUUUUGUGACAGGCACUGUUACAGUAAAGUUUAAGUACAUAUAUUAUAACUACGGUUCCGUUUAAUCAAACAAAAAAUGUUUUGAACAAUUAUUCAACGGAGAAAGCUUCAUUGGAAAACUUCUCUUAAGAAUGUGAAGAGCUGGUACUAAGAGUCUCAAUUAAAAUUACUCCCUUGGAAUCUCAUUUCGUGCAAGGAUCAGAAGCUUUUAACCUGAUGCAUUACCAUACAUCGGUAUACAUAUAGGAACAACGGUAAGACUACGCGCCCUUUGCUUCGUUGAUUCGUUUUUAGUAGCUUAAGAUUGGAGACUAUUUUAUUCGAAAGCAAACAAAUUGUUGAAACUGAAUUCACUGAUCUUUAAAAGAAGUAUCGUACAGUCGUCUAGAUGGCAACGUAGUGUUAAGGAGCGUAACUGCAUGACAGACAGACAGACACGAUGGGUCAUCAAUAGUUCUGCUGUGUGAAUGUAUAUAUACACAUAAUAAAGCUAUGCUCUAUUUUAUGUUACGAAAUCAGUACAAUAUAAAGUGGUAUAAUAAAAGUAUAAAAAAGUAAAA